AGUUGGAAUAAAUGCUAUCCAAUGGACCGUUCGACCAAUCCAACGAGAUAUGAACAUGAAACGGCCUAUUUUUAGAUCAUUUUAAUCUACGCAUUAGUUUUCGAUUUUGUGGCGAAUUUCAGUCAGAACAACAACAAUCUCAUCAAAUUCCAUACAUAAACUAUUGCUGCAUUGUAUCACACCACACAAUCUCUGUGUCGCACGCAUUUCAUUUAACUAGAAGCGACAGAUAGAAAAACAAGUCAUGAAGAUUCACCACACACAUGCAAGAGAGAAAAAAAAUCAAAUCGACACACACACACACACACACAUCUGUCAUCGUCACUGAGAAAACAAGAACGUCUCAAACGGCGGAAAAUGAGUCACUGAAAGAGUUUCGCAAGAAUUGACUUUGUUUAUGUCAGUGCAAAUGUAAAUAAUACGAUAAAAUCAACAGUUUUAGUUUGUCUAUGUAUUAAAUUAAGUGUGUCGUUUAGUUGUCAACGCCAAUUUUUGUCGCUGAUUUCAGAAUAUUCAGUUUUGUUCUUUCAUCUUGUUGCGCUUGCAAUUCGACACUGAGUUGCAUGUUUUUAUGUGAUUAGACUGGGUUCUAAAAUGAAUACACUGGGUUCUAAAAUGAAUAAUUAUUCACGUGCAUAGUGCAACUCGGCGUAUUUCUUUUAAACGGUUUUAACAAAAAAGUAAUGGAAACAACAACAAUGAGAACAGUCAGCGGUUCGAUUAGCUCUAGCAGUGAUGAUGAUGCUUGUAUCAGUGAUUCGGACAAUGGCGAAAAUAUGCGAGAACCGCUCGUUCAUGACGGAUUAACGCCGUCAUUUCGGCAAAUUAAACAAAAAUGCUAUUCAAAAUACGAAAGUUUGGACUAUGAAAUAUGCGAUAACGAAUUGCAUCAGAAUGACACAAAGUUUCGUGACUUCAACUCUGGUUCGCACAAAGAUGUUGCGCGCUGGGUUUUGUUUAUUUUAAUUGGUAUUUUUACGGCGUUAAUUGCAUGCUUUGCCGAUAUUGUGAUUGAUCAGCUAUCGAUUUUAAAGUACAGUUUUUUGAAAAAUGUUGUCGAUCACAAUGUUGUUUACGGUGAUUUGUAUGUGCCUUAUGUGUAUUAUGCGCUGCUCAAUGCAGUACCGGUUGCAUUUGGUUCCAUUUUGAUAGCAUAUAUUGAGCCCGUGGCUUCCGGUUCAGGUGUACCAAUGGUGAAAUGUUAUCUAAAUGGCGUGAAAGUGCCGCGAGUCGUUCGAGUUAAAACGUUGGUUGUCAAAGUGGUGGGAGUGAUAACAUCUGUUGUUGGCUCGUUGGCUGGAGGCAAAGAAGGACCAAUGAUUCAUGCCGGCAGUGUGGUUGCAGCUGGAAUUAGCCAAGGAAAAAGUACAACGUUUCGACGAGAUUUCGGGAUUUUACGCUACUUUCGCGAUGACCAUGAGAAACGUGACUUUGUUGUUGGUGGUGCAUCGGCCGGUGUAGCUGCCGCUUUCGGUGCACCGAUUGGCGGCGUACUUUUUGCACUCGAAGAAGCGGCCAGUUUUUUCAAUCCGAAUCUGAUUCUGCGAACACUGAUCGCCUCAAUCAUCAGUUCAUUCACAUUGAAUUUAGUACUUAGUUUGUAUCACGGUUUGAAAACAUUCGCAUAUCCCGGUUUGUUCAAUUUGGGUCAAUUCGAGGCGUUGCCAUACUCCUACUAUGAAAUUCCAAUAUUCAUGUUGAUGGGAUGUGUUGGUGGCCUUCUCGGCGCACUCUGGGUUUAUGUCAAUACGAAAAUCAACAUUUUCAGAUCCAGAUUCAUCAAAGACAAAUGGGCAAAAGUCAGCGAAGCCGUGUUGGUUGCUGUCUUGACUGCAACGAUUGCAUGCCUCAUGAUGUUUUCAAUCAAUGAUUGUCGCCCGCUUGGUGUAGAUCCGACCUUGCAUCCGGUCCAACUGUUUUGCGAAGACAAUGAAUAUAAUGCAGUCGCCGCACUAUGGUUUCAAACACCCGAAGCAUCGGUGAAGGCAUUAUUCCAUGAUCCACCCGCUUCACAUCAGCUACUAACACUGUGUGUUUUCGUUUUGGUUUACUAUCCAUUGUCGUGCAUAACAUAUGGAUUGAGCGUGUCUUUGGGCAUUUUUAUUCCGACAUUGCUGGUCGGUGCCGCUUGGGGACGAGUGACUUCGACACUUUUAUCGUAUACGUUCCCAUAUGCGGGAUUCAUUCAACCAAGUAAAUACGCAUUGAUCGGUGCAGCAGCCCAAUUAGGAGGUGUCAUGAGAAUGACACUCAGCUUGACGGCCAUAUUGAUCGAAACAACCGGUAAUGUUUCCUUUGCUCUGCCACUCAUUGUAACAUUCAUCUGUGCCAAAUGGACUGGCGAUCUGUUCACUGAAGGAAUUUAUGACACACAAAUUGCCGUUUCAGAGGUUCCGAUGCUGGGCUGGCGUGUUAAGCGGCCAUAUCGCUGUCUCAAAGCGAUGCAUAUUAUGUCAUCGCCACCGAUUUGCAUUCAGUUACAUGAUAAAGUGUCUCGAAUCGUCGAAAUUCUGAAGAAAUACCCUCACAAUGGAUUCCCAGUCGUCGAUCGUAUCGAUGAUGACGGCACACCGGGUCACUUGUGUGGUCUUAUUCUGCGCUCUCAAUUGGUCGUCAUCAUUCGCCACCAAUACUUUGUUGAGCGAGAACGACAAUGGAUGCCCGAUAUUUCGAUCGAAACAUUCCGCAACGAAUAUCCACGCUAUCCAUCGAUUGAAAUCGUUCCAAUCUCGUCAAAAGAUCUGAAGUAUUCGAUCAACUUGAAGAUAUUCAUGAACCGUUCGGUGAACAGUGCCAUGGAAAAUGCAUCCGUUUCGAAAAUCUUCGAGAUAUUCCGUGCGUUGGGUCUGCGACACUUGGUUGUGGUCGAUAAGAAGAAUGAUGUAAGAGGUGUGAUUACCCGCAAAGAUUUCCUUUAAGCAUUCACCAAAUAUCAUUUUUUUUUUCUGUUGAAAAGAUUUUAAAAAUCAUAUCUUGUAGUAACCAGACUCAAAAUUUUACUUUUAUACCAAUUGCCAAAAUCAAUUAAAUAUUUUUAAAAGAA